AAAACCCGUAAAUCUCAAGGAGGUUCUUGACCCUUGUAUUUUUGGCAGCGCCAGCUUUACCGAGCAGGCUGUGUCUGAGAGACAUGGGAAAAUCACUUUCUCACCUGCCUAUGCACACAUGUAAGGAAGAUGGCUAUGAUGGAGGCACAGUGUCUGAUAAUAUGAGGAAUGGGUUAGUUCACUCAGAGUCGCACAAUGAAGAUGGCAGAUGUGGAGAUGUAUCGCAGUUUCCCUAUGUGGAAUUUACAGGAAGAGACAGCGUCACCUGCCCGACUUGCCAGGGAACAGGAAGAAUUCCACGAGGGCAGGAAAAUCAGCUGGUAGCGUUAAUUCCAUACAGUGAUCAGAGACUGAGGCCAAGAAGAACAAAGCUCUACGUGACUGCUUCUGUAAUUGUAUGUUUACUACUUUCUGGGCUGGCUGUAUUCUUCCUGUUUCCUCGCUCAAUCGAUGUUGAAUACAUUGGUGUGAAGUCAGUAUAUGUCACUUAUGAACAGGGUAGACGUAUAAUAUAUCUAAAUAUUACGAACACAUUAAAUAUAACAAACAACAACUAUUACUCUGUUGAAGUGGCAAAUAUCACAGCCCAAGUUCAGUUUUCAAAAACAGUUAUUGGCAAAGCACGGCUAAACAACAUCACCAACAUUGGUCCUCUGGAUAUGAAACAGAUUGACUAUAUGGUGCCCACAGUCAUACAAGAUGAAAUGAGCUACAUGUUUGACUUCUGUACUUUAGCAUCUAUCAAAGUGCAUAACAUAGUAGUGAUGAUGCAAGUGACGGUGACAACCUCUUACUUCGGCCACUCUGAGCAAAUAUCCCAGGAGAGAUACCAGUAUGUGGACUGUGGAGGAAACACAACCUACCAGCUGGGCCAGUCAGAAUAUUUAAAUGUACUUCAGCCUCCACAAUAAAAGCAUCUGUUGGUUAGUGUGGAAUGACUGCUGUUGAUGCUUGCAGAGAUCCUUUGAAUAGGACUUGUACUACGUGGAGAGUAUGUGCAUGUAAAGCAUAGCGAACGUGGUGACCUGCUCACUUUAGAUGCAAGGAGGGAAAAGGUGCAAAAUGUAUAUAGAUGCACUUGUUAAAUGUUGUGUUUUUCCCCUUCUGUUUGCUUUCUAUUACUGUAAGCACUUCUGUUGAGUUGGGUGGUGGGAGGGAGAGGGGGAAUAUCAGAUUCUUGAACUGAAUUGGGACCUUUCCUUACAGUGUGGCACAUCAACUUAGAGUAACUGUGUGUGUGUCUGUGUUUAGGUGAAAUGUGAGCAUUUUAGAAAAAUUGAUACUCAUGAAUUUUAAGUUUAUACUUCAGUUCUUGAUAUUUGACUAUUGAAACUGACAGUAUUACUACUUAAGUAACAAGAUUACUUUGAGGUAUCUGGGUGUGAAACUUCUAUUGGUAAACCAAUGCUGAUAGUUCUUUAUUUUGGGAUUCUACUUUUCAUUUGCUAUACGUGAUUAGAGGUGACAUGCAGUCUGUGAAAGCCAGGGAAGCUCUCUUGGAUGACACUAUACUUGAAUGUGCAGCUUCUAGAAUCUGGCAUCUUUUGAUUCAUAUUCCCUCCUGCUACCUCUGGGAUGUUAUAAGGAGAAUGUAUGUUGUUAGAUUUAAAGUUGGGUUUAAAAACAAAACAAAAACCAACCCCUAGAAUCAUUACUGACAAAGGAAAAAUUUAAGACUGUUGAAAAUGAAUGGGUAAAGACUUUGAUGGUGUCAUUCUUCUUUGUUUUUUAGUAAACUUCUGAGUACAGCUAUUAGAAUCAAGAUUGUGCAGUUGGAACUAGGUGGGAAACUGUUCGAGCAUGGGUUUGGGCAGCUUGAUGUAAAUUUUCAUCAUUUUUGUUUUAAUGUACUGUGUAUCUAAGCUACUUGUAAGUGUUAAUAUGUUGGGGCGUGUAUAUUUAGUGUGCAGGCUCAGUAAGCAAUGCAGUAGUUAUCUGAAUCUCCAGAGCACUCACAGUUCACAUCAAAGUUAUGUAAGGGAGAAUAAAGCAAUUCUUUCUCUGAGACUAAAUGCCGAUGUAAUCAUGCGACUGACUUAUAACAAAGCUGUUAAAUAGUUUCAGUAGGAUAGUUUGCACAGUGAGAAUUUCCGGGGUUAUUAUCAAACAUGGUGAUUGUAAAUUUUGGGUCCAAAGUUGCUUGACUUCUGAAGGCUGACUGUUCUGAGGGUUAGGUACAAAACUUUUUAAUUAACUAGAUUAGGAUUGUUUUAUUUCUGAAUUAGAUAAGAUGCAGCUGUAAGAAGGUAUUAUUGAGACUGUUGCAUUGUAACGAAUAAUAUAUUUUUUAAAAUAGAUGUUGCAGUUUUUAUGCUGCCCAUCUCCUGGAAAUAAGCUAUAUAAAAUGAAUUAGCAAUAAACACUAUGGAAAAAGGCUGCUGAGUAACUUCUUGCAACUAACAAUCUCUUAUGCUCCAGUACUUCAGUGAAGGUACAUGUCUUUAAUACUCUUUUCUUUAUCGGCCUUUCUUAGGUGGACCUAAUUGGGGGGGGGGGGGGGGAAGUGUUGGUGGUGGACUGAUUUAAAAGAAAUGAAGUAAACAUAAAAAAAAAAACCUUCCUCUGUUUGAAUGCUAUGAGCACUUACUCUGAAUGUCUAUGAAAAAUUUUGGAACUUAAACUGUCAGUUUCAUGUAAUUGUUGGUAAGAUGAAGAUGUCAGCUUUUGGCUUUGGCGAACUUCUGGAACUGGAAUAGUCAAUUCUGAUGACUUACUGUAGUUACAUUCUGAAAAUUAUUCUUGAAUCUGGGCACUUAAAAGUAAACAUUCUUUAUUACAGCUUACAAUCGUAAGGGAAACUAAUUCACAAUUGACUCUAAUCUUCCUAGAGUAUAGAUGAGGUUCAGUCCUGUGGCUGAUAAAAUGUGUGCAGAAGCUUGUUUGAUGGUCUGAGUGUAUAUAUAGGUGAUAACUAAAGACCAGGAUAGUGGGGAGCUGGUUAGAAGCAGAGGGGUAAACUCUACUAUGUUUGUUACCUGUUGUAGAAAGAUUUGUUUAUAUUGGAGGGUAGGAAGAGAAUUCUGAUUUAAACCAUGUCAGAUCUGAAGUCAGCCAGCAAGUGAUAUGGGUUUUUUCUUCUAGGCCUAAGUAUUUACACUUGUUGGUUUUGUUUGUUUUGGGUUUGCUGUGU